AUGGGUCUGGAUGGUGGGACCGUCAUCUCUCGCAGCGACGUGCUCAGAGGGGCAUCCUGGGAGCUGUCGCAGGCCGAUGGCACCAGGAGCACACGAGGUGGAGCAGUGAGCAAAGCCGGGACCUUCAAAAAGCCCAAGCUGGACAAGGUGGCGGUCAGGGUCGUGGGAUGGACCACCUGCGCCCUGAGCGGUGAGCCCUUGCAGGCCCCUAUCGUGGCUGACUGGCUGGGAAGCCUGUACAACAAGGCGGCUGUCCUGGGGUUCCUGCUGGCACGUGCCGGGCAUUUUGAGACGGAAGGGGAUGUGCACCGCUACUCCAACCAGCUGCGCACUGGACUGAGCCAGUGGGACCACCUCGAUUGUGUCAGGGACGUGUUCGAGGUCAGGCUACCGGGGACCCAGGGCGAUGCCAUGCCCCGAGGCGAGGGCGGCGCCGCCGAGGCAGCACCUCUCUCCUGCCCCAUCACAUCAGCGUCAUGCCUCCAGCAGCCCUUCUCGGCGAUUCCUGGGUGCGGUCACAUCUUCUCGAACAAGGCCAUCUCGCACAUGGCAGGGGUGUGCGGUCUCUGUUCGCAGCCCUUCGACCCGGACCUGGUGGUGGGGCUGUUGGGGGAUGAAGUUGAGAAGGAACGGCUGCGAAGGCUGCUGCCCCUCAGACCAGGCAGGCGGCGCAGUGGGAAGAGGAAGCGAUCCUAG